GGAUUUGGACACUAAGAGAAGUUUGCUAUGACACACCAGAUGGGCCGAGGGGGCUGUCCAUGGACUGAGAGAGCUGUGAGAAAUAAAGAGAGGGAGGGAGAGAGAGCAGACUACCUCAACAGACUGUGAGGGGAGCAAGGGUUGACUCUGUCUGUUUCUUUUUGCUAAUCCCUAAAUCUUCUGUAAUCGGGAUGACAGGGGAAGAGCAUGCUGCCUGAUUUAGGACCACACACUUGGCUGGAGUGCUAACUGAUCAGACGACCUAACAGGCCAUUGGAAGGCAUGGAGGGAGUAGGCAGAGUAGACUUCCAGACAGUUUGAGGAACUUCAACUUAACCACUUUCUCACGAGAAAAGGAGUCCUGUACAACAAGAUGUUCAAAAAGAAAGAGAAAAGAAGAGGACUUUCUGUGGUUGCAUUCAUCUAGGAUGACAAUGGUGUGGAGUAGACAAGACAUUCAUGGCUUCAACAAGCGACGACCCCAACUUGGGCGCUGGCCCACAUGAGGAUUCAGAGAUCACCCCAGAUGAUUCUGACUCUGGAAGUGUCCUUUCUGAUGACUCAGUGCUUCCCAACUUCGAGAGGGAUGACAAGUAUGCAGAGCCACCUAAAACACUCUAUGAGGCAUGUACUCGGAAUGAUCCCACAUCUCUGCAAAGGAUCUUGGAGAGAGGUGUUACCAAGGAAGAGGCCAUGGAGUUGGACAUUAACGGAAGAAGUGGACUGAUGGUGGCGGUAUGCAAAGGAUUUGUGGACAUUGUCACCAGGCUGCAUAUGUGUCCUCUAAUAGACAUAAACCAUCAAGACAAUGAUGGCAACACUGCCCUGAUGAUAGCUGCCCAAGCUGGCUUUGCCACCAUUGUAAAUUACAUCAUGAACUACUACCCUGGUGUGGACACUGAGGUCAGGGAUCCUCGUGGCUUCACUGCUCUCAUAAAGGCCGGUCUGCAGGGCAGAGAAGACUGCGUGUCGGCCCUGUUAAUGCAUGGCGCAGACAUGAAUGCAACGGACCAUGUGCAGGGACGUGGCUUGAAAGAUUGGGUUUUGAAAACGGGACGAUUUGAGACAAUGAACAGAAUACGCCGACUGCAGGCCUUUCCUGUCGCUCAACAGUUUUGUGAGAACUACACUCCUGAGUGGCCUGAUCUUAAGCAGAUAGUGGAAAAAGCAACUGCUCAUAAAACAACAGGUCAGAAACUGAAGCAGUGCUUAAAGGGCAGCUUCACUUUCAGCUUCCCUCAGGACCCCCAAGACAAUGGAGUCAUGGACAACAUGGUGCGUAUGACCACAAGCAUCCACAGCCCCCUAAUUGCCACCGGUUGCCACCCACUGUGUCCCAGCAGCCCCCCUGAAAUUGGAAAACGUCGUUUUGCUGUUCCCGAAUUACUUGACAAGCACAGCAACAAAGAGUUAGAGGAGAGCACCGUAUCACACAGCUACAGCUCCAUUACCUCCCCCUCUCCCAGCGCUGCAUCAGUCGCCUCAAUAUCACUGACCUCCUGCUGCCAGGAGUCGGACCGUAGGGAGAGCAUGCCACCUGGGGGAAUGAGAGGCUUCAUUCCCCGCAGCAUUGCUCACAGGAACAGCAUCUUCCCCGCAGGCUGCGUCCCUAAAAUCGAAGUGACCAGAUCUGGUGAGGCUACUCCAAAGAAGGAGAAGAAGAAUAAAAAGCAGAAGGGCUACCUGGAGCCUCCAGUAUGGAAAUAUAAGGCCGCCAAGGAGGAGAAGAAGAGGGAAAAGAAGGAAAAGGAGCAGGAGAGAAUGUCAAACGGUUCUAAACAAAACAUAUCAACGUAAUGCGACAUGGUGUGACUCAGAAGGUAGUGUGGCACUACAGAAUGUUGAUGGUUGCUGGUCACUGCUGUUGUGUCCUUGGGCAAAACACUUCACUCUUAUCCAAGUGCCACACACACUGGUGUAUGAAUGUGAAUUAAUUUUUGGUGCAAGUUGGCAGCCACAUUCUCGUAAGUCCACCCUUGGGCAGCUGAGGCUACAAAUGUAGCUUACCACCAUCAACGUAUGACUGUGGUGUGCAUUAAUAAUACAUUCUCCAUGUAAUGCGCUUUUGGACACUAUAAAAAAGUGCUACAUGAAUAUAA